AUGCCUCACGCCAAAGACUUCUACACCAAUACUUUGGGCCUGACAUCGCGGACUGUCCCUGCUGCACAGAAGGACAGUCUAGCCUGGUUCGAUAUAGGAAGCUCUGGCCAGCAGGUACAUAUCGCCCACGGUCCCGAAGGCGAGAAGUCAAGUCGGCAUCCCUGUUUCCGUAUCGAGAGCCCGGAGAAGUUGAUAGAGCUCAGGCAGAGGAUCUGGGAGCAUUACGAGAGGGGUGGUGAGGCGGCGCCGAGGGAGGCUGAUAAGCCAGGGGCUGUGAACAGUGGGUCCCAAGGAGUGGAGUACCCGCAGCGGUUCUUUGCCAGAGACUUUGCUGGCAACCGGUUGGAAUUCAGUCUGUAG